GGGGGUCGUUGUGGACUUGUCCUCUGUAGCUCAUCGCAUCUAGUCAAUCCACGCCCACGCAGCGCCCGACUCCUUUGUUGCGUCGAUGACUCCGGCCGCCCGAAUGGAUCUAUCGUUACAUAGCAACCUUGAGAUGCGAGCAAUGGAGAGGGUGCCGAGAUCGCGUUACUUGAGGGUCAUCAAGACCGCGCUGGGCAACAAGAAACGGGCGUUGGACCUGGAGACACUGUCUUCGAGUGGACGUGUUCUCACUGUUGACCGGUCGCAAUCGAGGAGGAGAUCCACCAGUCCUUGUCACGGAGGUGUUGGGUGUACACACGGUCGACAGUAACAACGAGAACUAUCAUAAGAACGACGGGCCAACUCGGGAGACGCCGCUGGAUUGGAUUAAUCUCGAUAUCAGCCAGCGCGCUCGACUACCGGAAUGCGAGGCUGUACCUGAGGCCGUGCCAAUGGAACCGGGGUUGUUGCAUGCGCGGUUACCCUGUGCUUUGGCAUGCCGCGCUUUUUUUCUCUUGCACGUGUUGUCCUGCGACCUGUGCAUGCCUGCCCUAGGCGUUUCGAAGCGCGCGGCACUCCUCGACUGGAUCACCAGACUCAAUUCACUCACGAGCACAACAGGUCACAUCAGCGCCCAGUCAGGAAACAUAUUCAUAGAGAUUAAUGACGAGUCGAUAAGGCUCGGUGGUACACGGUAUAUCUUUGAGUAUUUUGGCGACGCGCCGUACGAGUCUACGAGAUCAAAUUGUUUCCGUGGAUCAGCGUAGCCACAUACGUGCGGUCCGGUGAGCCGGCAGAGGUCUCGGCGAUGACAGUGCAUCAUCAGUCAUCGGCAUCGGAGCUGUCUUGGAACUCUCAUGCUCGAGCCAGUGGACGAACCGUGCCUGACCCUCCCGUCAUGACAGAAUAUCGCAACCUGCUGCUGGCGAUCUUGGGAAGAAAAUGCGCGUACGGCUCAGAAGCGAAUACACCUCGGUGCUGCGCAAUCAUAGUACGACCAAGCCGAAGAAUCCCUCGGGCGCUACUCGUGUCUCACGGGCUGGCGACAGAAACGCUACGAAAACCUCCAGGUUCUUGAGGAGAUCGCACUUGGGAAUGUCCUGGAGGUGCGCACUCUGUGUCUAAGCGUGCGCACGAACCGUUCCACCAGGAUCUCGCGCGACGAUUUCUCCAGCAUGGGGCCUACUCCAUGGGCAAAGUGACGAUCCUCACUUGAGACAUCGAGCUGGAAAGUAUGAUCUCCGCAACGAAUGAUCCAAUCUGGGAUUUGGUCAAUUUAGCCUUGGCACGUUCUACCGUGUGGCUCGCUCUCGUCCGACGACGCGAGCAUCACCGAGCUACUAUAACUGAGUCUGAGAGGAUCGAAAAGCUGAAGCCCGAUCUACCUGCCCAUCUGAAACCAUGCAGAGAUCCCGAUCGAGCCUGUGCUGGACUCGUGUCAAUCGACGACUCCCAGAAAUGAUGAAACAUCCAUGGUUCCCAUUCUGCUUGCCGAGAAAAUUAACACGCCCGCCUCCAUGCUGGGUUCUUUGGCUUGGGCAGUGGACUCUUUGAACUCUCCUCUUCCUGCAACGCCGAAUCGGGAGUUCGAGUGUGUGCAUAGGUUGGGCUGUGUUGAUGCGUAAGAGGUUGACGAAUGGUUUGAGAUCUGUGAGGGACCGUACGAGACACGACACUCACAAAAACGGGAGUCGGGAUCUGAAGCUCGGCUCUGGAAUGCCUCCAGAGAUCGAUGCGCAGGUGCCGGGUGAUGGAUUUGGACCGAAAGGACGGGCACGAUCUCGGCGGUAUCCUUGGAAGCACAAGUGUCGUGCUGAGGGUGUGUGCCUGUGUGUGCGUGCGUGCACCCGUAUGCGAGGCUGAACCCGCGACCAGCCGCACUAAUGGGGAGACACUUCCAGCAAAGCCAGGGCGGCUUUGUUUGCCCUCUCUGUGGGACCCAUCGACCCCGCAAUGCUGGUGUUCAUGCACGCGUGACGCCCGCCUGCCCACCCCCGACUUAUGGAUAUUUCCCACGCUUCUCGAGCUUCUCAAGAUCACGUCGAGAGUGUUUGCGCGCUGCGUCAACUCGCGGAGUGGUAUGGCCCAGAUUCGUGUGGUUAUCGCCCUCGGGCAUGCGGCCCACUGGACGAACCACUGGACGUAGUCGAUCCAUGCGACACCGAGUCCUACGUGUGCUGCACGCUCGCUACUCAUGCGUUUCUUCCACAACCCGAUCACAGCCUGGAUUCGACACGCCAAGAAGGAAAACGCGCCUUGCGUCAUUGUCAUCUGGGAUCCUACGCUCUUAGGCUGCAGCGAACGAACACAGCAUACGCGACGCGCAGGUUCCUACAAAAGCUCGCGGUUCACUGGCUCGGGCCCUUACUCGACGUAGGAUUCUUGCGCCCGCAGGAGAAAGCAGAUGUGCACGAGCAGCCGCCCGAUCACUUGACCAGCGCAACGACGGUCCAAUUCGAGGCCAAGUUCUAACCUCGCUGUCCGCCUGAACAGCGCCCAGAGGCUUCCCGCGAUCUAGAGAAUGUCGAUAGACUGAAUGGCGCGGAGACGGUUUCGGUGGAUUUGGGCACCAAGGAGGGCAAGGCGGAUCUGAAGUAAGCGGGAGGCGCAGACGCAGACAAAGUCGAAGAAGAAAAAGGCAAAACCCUAAUUCGACGCAUCGCUGUCUAGAGCUCUUCUACGUGUCUUCUGGUGUUUCGCGGGCGGGGGCAUCCUCAAGCUACUGUCUCCUCAGCAAGUCUCCCAUUCACCUCAUUUUGAAUAUCGGGCACUCGCUGGCCGGAUUCGUCCCCCAUUUCUCAUGAGAUGUAAUCACCAGAGUUCCCUGCUCCAGGCCAUGAUUGGAGAGGUGCGCUGGACAGAGGGUGCCGUUGCCUUUGGAGGAUCUAUUGGCUACGUCACACAAUCAGCUUGGAUCCGGAAUCCGACCCCGGGAGACAACAUCACCCUCGGUCAGGAACUCAAACUCGACCGUUUCGAAGACGUUGUCAGAGCUUGCAAUCUGGAACACGACCUCAACAUCUUGCCUCAUGGUGCAGAGACGGUCAGACCGAGAUUGGUGAGCGAGGAAUCAGACUGUCUGGAGGCCAGAAAGAUCGUGUGGCCCUGGCCCCUGUCGCGUGCUCGUCCUUAGACAUCGUGCUGCUGGAAAACCCGCUGGGCGUCCGGUCGAGACCAAGCGACUAGACUCCCUCUUGCGGUCGACGCUCUACGCGUCGUACACAGAAGCGCUCACAGUCCGCUCGACUAUCCGGGCCUAUCGGGGACAGGAUGACGCUAUCCGGCAUGCUGAGCAUGGCUUGGGUCUGGAGAACAGAGCGUAUCUGAUGACCAUUGCCUUGCAAACCUGGCUUGGCCCCCGCCUCAAUGUCUUUGGGAACAUCAUCAUAUUUGACAUUGCCAUCUCUGCCGCUGCAUUUCGAAAGUCCGUUGAUUUCAGCAAGAUUGGUGUGGUACUCUCUUACACCCUAAGCAUCACCCAAAUCUUCUGCAGGGUCGCCGCGGGUGUCAAUGGCCCUCAGCUUACAUAUCGCAGCGCAAAUGAUCAACAUGUCCGCCCGGAACGAGCAGAACAUGAAAUCCGUCGAACGCCUCAUCGUGUACGCGGAACUUCCAGCAGAAGGAGCGUCAACGACACCCAAUGACCCACCCGCCUCGUGGCCCGACCAUGGCCCGAUCACCUUCAAGGACAUCCAGAUGCCGUAUCGGGAAGGUCUGCCGCCGGUGCUCAAGGGGGUCAGGUUGGACGUCAAGGCUGGAGAGAAUAUCGGGAUUGUCGGUCGGACGGGGACGGGCAAGAGCUCUCUGCAGCAGUGCUUAUUCCGCAUAGUCGAGUUGCAGCUGGGUCAAGUCGACAUUGACGGAGCGAAUAUCGCAGGGCUUGGUCUGGAUGUGUUGAGAGAUUGGCUGACGCUGGUCCCGCAGGACGGCGUGCUGUUCCUGGGCGCUCUGCGGGAGAACCUGAACCCCCCAAACUCGAGAACGGACACUGAGCUGCUAUUCGUGCUUCGGCGCGAAUGGUCACUGCCACGACCCAAAGAACCGACUGACCCCAUAGCCAAAGCCAAGUUAAGUCUGAACUCCACCAUCGACGACGAGGGAUCCAACUACAGCGCCAGGAAGAAGCAGCUGCUGACUCUCUGUCGAGCAUUGAUGAAAAGCAGCCCAAUCAGGGUUCUGGACGAGGCGGCGAGCAGCGUCGGCGUAGAGAUGGAUGGGAAGUUACAGCGGACGAUCCGGACAGAGUUUGCGAACUCAGUGUUGCUGCGUAUCGCACAUCGGCUUAAUACGCUGCGCGUAUUUACAGCCCCCUACGACCGUAUUUUGGGCAUGGACCAGGUUCAAGUAGUCGAGUAACCUUUCGGGGGCGAAUAUCCUGCGCAUCCGGGCCGAUAACGUAUAAAAUAGCACUGAAGACACGCUACGCCUCACUGACGGCUUGGAUAUCCUACAUGGAGUUGAUACUUGGACUGAUGGGAUACACGACUGACUGCGAUUACUCGGACUGCAUGCGAGUCAGCGAACCACCAAAAGCACCAUUGACUUCAACCAACGGUCCGGGUGAUGAGCAAUCUGAUGUCAGUGCGGACGCUCAGAGAAGAACAGCAUCCCAAACUAAGUCUGUCUGGCCUGCAUCGAUGAUUGUGAGAAUGAGUCCGGGCGUUGCCGAUCACAGAUAUCAUGAUCUGUCACUGACGUCCCUCAACUGUUUUCCACCUUCCAUCAAAGGCGGCCGUCCCGAGUCCCGACUGACAGCGAUUUGCGGAAGAGUCCAAAGCUCGAGUCCUCUUCUGUGCUAGAGUAUAUCUCUGAGCUGGCGGACAGGGUCUAGAAGUACGGGCGCGAUAUUCGUCACAGCUGUUGUCUCGCGACGAGAGCAUGGGCGAGAAGGUUCGUGGUACCGCGGUGCGUGUGGGCAAGAGAGUUCGUGGUACCGAUUUGUAUAUACUUCAAUCUGUAUGGUCCUACAAUGCAGGAAUUGGCACUCAGGUGCUAUCAGCUCGGCUUCGCGCACAAAAAGUCGUACACACGGCACCGCCGAAUUGCAUGGCAGCUUGCCCGGAUCUCGUCUCGAUCGUGCAGUUGGCCCGUCAUUCUCUCAAUGAGCUCGACCGCCUGCUGUCUGAUCGCACUAGCUUCAGAUGAAAGAACCCGGUGUUGCAAUGCAGAGCGACAGAUCGAUGCCACGAGGUCCUGUGUCCCAUACGCACCUUUCCCCGGUCGCAGUACGCAGAAACCAUCCGCGUGCGGAAUGCGAUUGUUAGGGAUCUCGCAAACGAGAGCAUGGCAUCUGCUGGCCGCAUGACAUCUGCUGGCGGCUGGCGCUGCGGCGUCACUUUUUCGAGACGCAUCUACAGCCAGUACUCCAACAUUCCUUCCUGUCACAUUCAGCCAACAAGGGGGCUGUUUUGCAUCGGACACUGGCUCGGUUCUCCCACGAUGCUGUUCCCGGAGUUCUGGUUUGACCGGCAUGCAAGAUUGGCGCUGUGAUCCUG